AUGGACUCGGCCCCUAGUAGCGGCCAGGCCAUCUGGCCAACUCCGCCGUGCGGUGGCGGGCCCACGGCGGUGGCCACGCCGAGCGAACAGCACCCGCGAUCCGCAGCAGCGCGCCUAGCGGCGGCCCCAUCGCUGCUCAUCACGCCGCCCGGCCCCGCGCGCGCCGCGCCGCCGACGCUGCAGCAGGUCCUCGUGCUGCAGGCCGCCCUGACGGAGCUGCGGGGCCACCCCGUCGCGGGCCCGCUGGCGUCGCUGGGCGCGAUGGCGCCGGACGCGCUGCACCGCCAGAUCUGCGGGUCGACCCUCAACCUGCAGGAGGUGGUGACUAAGCUCGCGCGCGCGAUGCCAGCGGGGCGCUCCGAGGCGACGCUUGCGGCCUACGAGGCCGCGGGCGCGACCUGCGGCGACGGCGCGGUCGCGGCGGCGGCGGCGGGCCCGCAGCAGGUGCAGAACCAGCUGGUGCAUCCGCAGCAGUCGCAGCAGCAGCAGCAGCAGCAGCAGCAGCAGCAGCAGCAGUGCGCCGCGCCCGCGCCGGCCGAUGACGUGGAGAGCGUCGAGGAAAUGGCGCGCCGCAUCAAGCCGGGCACGGCCAAGCGCAUGAUGUUCGAGGUUCUGGUCGACAGGUCCGAUGCAAACGGCAUGUCGGUCGGGGAGAUCUACGAGGAGAUGGAGCGUCGCGGCCAGGUGUCCAGCUGGCCGGACAUGAAGGCGGCGCGUAGCGCUAUAUCCAGCGCCUGCAGCGCCGACCAGGGAGUGGUGCGGCUGCGGCAGGGCGUGUUCGCGCUCAAGGCGCGCGUCGCGGGCGCCGCGCCGCCGGCGGGCGACGGCGGGCGGAGCGGCGGCGGCG